UUGUGUCUCCGUCCUGCAAGUGUCGCUGCAGCAGCGGACUCCGUCUCACUGCUGCCGCUUUCAUUUUGCGCACAGAAGAAGAAGACGAAGAAGACGAAGAAGCGGAAACAAAGAACAGAUUUUCUUCUCAAUGAAAAAGAGUGAAAUGUAACCUGCGGUCUCGUGAGGACUCCACCGGAGGACCGACUCUUCUUCUGCGUGUGAAGCAGCUGCAGCUUCCGCAUGUCGGAGGCUGCAGGAGCAGAGGGGGGCCCUGAGGAGGAGGGAGGAGGAGGAGAAGAAGAGAUGAAGACCACCAUGAAGACCCUGAAGACCCCCAAAGGUCCGGUCUACUGUCUCUGCAGGAAACCAGACAUCAACUGUUUCAUGAUAGGGUGCGACAGCUGUACUGAGUGGUUUCAUGGACACUGUGUUGGAGUUUCAGAGAAAGCAGCAAAAUCCAUCAGAGUUUGGUUUUGUCCAUCGUGCAGAGACAAAGACUCGUCUCUGGAGAUUAAAUACCGUCUGAAGAAGACGAAGGAGGAGAAAGAGUCGGAGACAGAGAGGGAGGACAAACCUGAUGGAGACAGGAGCUCCACCCCCCAUUUUAAGAUUGACAGGAGGCGGGGCUCACAGAUCAAGCGCUCGGCCCGGAUGUGUGGGGAGUGUGACGCCUGUCUGAGGACGGAGGACUGCUCUCAGUGUGACUUCUGUAAAGACAUGAAGAAGUUCGGAGGACCCAACAAGAUCCGACAGAAGUGUCGUCAGCGGCAGUGUGAAGUCCGAGCUCGGAAGAUGCUUCGUGUCAAAGAGGAGGAGAUGAGUCGAAGCGGCGUCAGGGGGCGCGGCCUGUCGAGGAAAGGGGCGGGGUAUCAGACAGAGGACGAGGAGGAUGAAGAGGAGGAGGAUGAAGACGUGGCCUUCAGUGAGAGCGAGCUAGAGCUGUAUGAGCAGUACAGAGCCGCCGGAUACAGAGACCUGGUGUGGCACAGCGAGGAAGAGGACGCUCAGUCGGACUCCUUGAGGAAGAAGGCGGUGAAGGUGAAACACGUCAAGAGACGAGAGAAGAAGUCGGAGAAGAAGAAGUCUGUCUCUGCUCCUAAAGAGGAGGUGAAGCCUCGCCGUCACAAAGCCAAGCAGCGCCACAGGGAGCGGGUGCGUCACAGCGAGCGGGGGGGAGGAGAGGGCGGGGCUAAGGAGGUGGGCGGGGCUGUGCGUCAGUGUCUGGGACCAGGAUGUGUCCAACUGGCAAGGACCAGCUCCAAGUACUGUUCAGAGGACUGUGGCAUGAAACUCGCAACCAAGUGAGUCACAACGACACAAACAAGUCAACAACAACGACACAAACGGGUCAACAACAACGACACA